CGAAAAUAAUUUAGUGAAACAUAUUAGCUCUGUUUAUCAAAGAGGAAAUGGAGGGAAAACUUAAUGUUUUGAUUUUGAGGGAAACAUCCGGACGAUUGUAAAGAUAUAUUUUUAUGAAUUUUACCCACCUUUAUGUAUUUUAAAAUAUGUUAGAGAAGCGAUCGAGUCGGAAGAAUAUUAGUUAUGCAUCAGCAUUUGGAAAUGAAGAUAGUGGUGAUGAAGACUUUAGACAGAGCAAGGUUCCUCCUUCUAAAAGAUCUAAACCUAGUGCUGAAGAGAAAUCUAAAAAAUCUAAUUCACAAUCCAGUUCUUGUGGAGAAGGAAAAUCUAAACAAAAGAGGAAGAAAUUGGAUGACAAACUGUUUGAACGAGAACUUAAGUUGGCAAUGGAGAUGUCUAUGCAGGAAAUUGGCACCGGCUUGAAAGAAGAACCUGAGAACAAGGAUGCUAGCGAUUUUCAAGACACCUCACUGAAGAAUUCUGCAGCAGAGCGAGUUGAGUCUUUGAAAUUAUCUCGACAUGACAUUCAUUCACCACCAAAAUCUCCUUCCCACAUGGCCCCUCCAUUAUUGCACAAAGAAAUUGAGGAAUGCAUCCCCAAGAAUUCUGUUAAACAAUCUGCCAUGCCUUGUAAGUAUAAUUCUAUUUAA